CAGGUGUCGAGUUCUGCACUUGCAGCUCUGGGGCGCGGCGGUGCCGUUGAACGUGUGCAAGCAAGGCUUCCUUCUGGACGCCGAGGCCAAUAUCGGCGCCUGCGGGGAUUGGCUGGCGGCACCGUCGGUGGAGGGCGCGAUUGCCAGCGGCCUGGCCAUGGGGGAGGCCAUUGCUGGGGAGGCGCUUGUCAGCUCCCAAGUCCCCCUCUUCCAGGCCUUCCAGGCUCCUGCGAUUGGCAGCUUUGCAGAAGACAAGCCGGCCGCCAAGGACGCAUCAAGAAGAGCCUUGCAGGCAGAGUCCUCCCGAGAGAAGAAAGGAGUUUGGAACUUCGCCUUCGGCGCCAACCUCAGCCCCUGGAAGCUGCGCACGAAGCGAGGCAUCGCCCCGCUGGAGCAGGUGCCCGGGAAACUUCCAGGCUGGCGACUGGUCUUCAAUCACAAAGGCGGCAUGGGCAACAUCGAGCCUUUGGAGCGGUGUACAGCGCAGGGCGAGGAUCCGGGGGCGGUGCACGGGCUGCUCCUGCUGCUCAAGCCUCCAGACUUUGAGAAGCUGUCCAAGAUGGAGCACGAAUACGUGACGACGGAGGUUGAGGUGGAAGCCUACGAUGGCCGGGUCAUUCGCGCUCGCGCCUUUGUGUCUCCCAAGGACUACAGGCUUGCCACAUACCCAAACCCGCCCGAGCGCUACAUCAAGCUUAUUCGCGAUGGGGCCAGCAGCUCCAGCCUGCAUGGCGAGUACCAAGCCUGGCUGCGGACAAUCCCUGGCGCGCAGCAGCGAGGCGCGGAGUACUGGGACCAUGCGGCUCGCCGAAGGACUGGGCGCUACCAGAUGGCGCUGGAGCGGUUCGAGAAGAUUCUGCGCGGGCACGGUGUGGGCUUCUCAGCGUUCAACCUUUGGAUGCUGUAUGUGGACUACGGCUUCACGCUCGUGGCGCUCAACCGCUUUGAAGAGGCCAUCCAGCCGUUGGAACACGGCCUUUCCAGGAAUGCAGCGGUGCCGCACGGGCAGAAUGCCUUGGGUUAUGCUCUGGCCAGCCUGAACCAGCUGCAGGAAGCACAAGACGUGUUUGCUAGAGGCCUGGAGUAUGACCCGGAGAACCCGGUGCUGUGGUCCAACCUGGCGGUGGUGUGGAUGGCGGCUGGGGCCUGGCAGCAGGCGGCCCAGGGCCUCGAGAAGGCGCUGCUCAUCGAGCCGGACAAUCAGGUUGUCAUCCACAACGCUGUGCUGCUGAAAGGCGUCGCACAGACUGGCCAGCUGAGUGCGCAGCCAAAGCUGGAUCUCUUCUUCUCCAAAAACUGACGUGCUUGCUGCUUGCUGGCUACUUGCUGGCUGCUAGUCGCUUGCUUUGGCUCAUGAUUCCCCGUUUG